AAACAAAAAAAGAAUUCAUGAUGGCGGCUGACAGUGAUCCCGAGUCGGAGGUAUUUGAGAUCACGGAUUUUACCACCGCAUCGGAGUGGGAGAGGUUUGUGACCCGGGUGGAGGAGGUCCUAAAUGACUGGAAGCUGAUUGGCAGCACUGUAGGGAAACCUCUGGAGAAGGGGGAGUAUACUAGCAGCACUUGGGAGGAGAAGACACGGGAGAUCAACUUUGCUGAUUUCAAGUUCUCAAUAACGCACCAUUUUCUAAAGCAGGAGCCGUCCGAGAACGACGGGAAGGAGGAACAGGAGGAAGAUGCUGUCCCAGUGGCCAUGCAGGACCUGCUGUGCAUGAACAAUGACUUCCCUCCCAGAGCACACUGCCUCGUCAGAUGGUACGGUGUACGUGAGUUUGUGGUCAUAUCACCAGGGGCGAACUGUGAGGCUAUCAUCAGCGAGUCCAAGUGCAACCUGCUCCUCAGCUCAGUGUCCAUCUCCCUGGCCAAUACGGGCUGCCAGGUGCCGGUGUUCGUCCAGAUCCAGCAGAAAUGGCGGCGGAUGUACACUGGGGAGUGCCAGGGGCCGGGCGUGCGCACCGACUUCGAGAUGGUCCACCUCCGCAAAGUGCCCAGCCAGUACAACCACCUGUCCGGCCUGCUGGACAUCUUCAAGUCCAAGAUUGGCUGCCCGCUGACGCCGCUGCCACCCAUCAACAUUGCCAUCAGGUUCACGUACAUCCUUCAGGACUGGCAGCAGUACUCCUGGCCUCAGCAACCCCCGGAUUUUGACGCUCUCCUGGCUGGGGAGGUGGGAGGUGUGGAGUUUGGGAAACUCCCUUUCGGGGCAUGCGAGGACCCUAUCAGCGAGCUGCAUCUGGCAACCACAUGGCCGCAACUUACCGAAGGCAUCGUCGUGGACAAUGACGUCUACUCUGAUUUGGACCCCCUCCAGGCACCCCAUUGGUCGGUGAGAGUGAGGAAAGCGGAAAACCCCCAGUGUUUGCUGGGUGACUUCUUGAUGGAGUUCUUUAAACUGUGCUGUCGGAAAGAGUCCACUGAGGAUAUUCUGGGGAGGAAUGUUGUUGAGGAAGAGGGCAAAGAGAACAGUGACAUCAGCCAGGCGCUGUCCAAGCUGACGGAGCCCAGCACGGUGCCCAUGUCCCGGCUGUCCGUGUCCAACAUGGUCCACAGCGCCCGUAAGCGCAUCCGCCGGCACCGGCGUGUGGACGAGUCACCGCUCAGCAACGACGUGCUCAACUCCAUCCUGCUGUAUCUCUUUCCAGACGCUAGUGCAGAGAAACCCACAGAGGGAAGUGAGGGCAAGGCCGCUCAAUCAAACGCCGACGGCAAGGUGGACAAGGAGUCUGAGGACUACAAACUGUACAACCAGCUGAAGUCUGCCCCCUCCGACAGCCUCACCUACCGGCUGGCCCUCUGCAUCUGCCUAGUCAACUUCUACCACGGCGGGGUGAGGGGCGUGGCUCACCUCUGGCAGGAGUUUGUGCUGGAGAUGCGCUACCGCUGGGAGAACAACCACCUGGUGUUCGGGCUGGCCCCUGGCCCCCCAGACCUGAGGUGCUGCCUCCUCCAUCAGAAGCUGCAGAUGCUGAACUGCUGCAUCGAGAGGAAGAGGGGCCGAGACGAGGGGAAGAAGAGCGGCACCGUGGAGGCCGGGCGGGAGAGGAAGGUGUCGGGGUGCGAGAACGGGCGCCUGACGGCCGACGGGGCGGGGCAGGGGGCCGAGGCCUCCCUGGGGAAGAGCUGGGACUCCUGGAGCGACAGCGAGGAUGAGUUCUUCGAGUGCCUGAGUGACACAGAGGAGCUGAAGGAGGCUCCGCCCGAUGGGGAGAAGGGCGCGGCCAAGGUGAAGCCGGAGGGCCGUCUGCACCCCCACGGGCAGCUGACGCUGCUGAACUCCACAGAGCCCCUCUACAUCCCCAUCACACAGGAGCCGGCACCCAUGACGGAGGACCUGCUGGAGGAGCAGUCGGAGGUGCUGGCCAAGCUGGGGACGUCGGCGGAGGGGGCGCAUUUGAGAGCCCGCAUGCAGAGCGCCUGCCUGCUCUCCGACAUGGAGUCGUUCAAGGCGGCGAAUCCCGGCUGCUGUCUGGAGGACUUUGUGCGGUGGUACUCCCCGAGGGAUUACGUGGAGGACGAGGUGACGGACGAGAGCGGGGCCAAGGUCGUCAAGGGCGACCUGAGCGCCAGGAUGAAGAUCCCGGGGAACAUGUGGGUGGAAGCCUGGGAGACGGCCAGGGCCACCCCUGCACGGCGGCAGCGCAGGCUUUUCGAUGACACCAAGGAGGCAGAAAAGGUUUUGCACUACUUGGCAGUACAGAAGCCAGCUGAUCUCACUCGCCACCUUCUGCCCUGUAUACUACAUGCUGCCAUCCUCAAAAUGAAAGAUGAGGAAUCAUCCGAGGACAUCCUGUCCGUGCGCAAGGCCAUCCAGCAGGUGACCUCCCAGGCCGGGAAACUCCUGCGCCACCCCAGCCCUGACAUCAAAAAGCUGGAGGACAUCAUCAACCAGAUGAUGGAGCUGGAGGCGGUCAUUGCCCGCGCCCGGUCUCUGAAGGCCAAGUUCGGACUCGGGAAGGGGGAGAAAGGGCAGGACGCGGAGGACCUGGAGAGUUUUGUCAGCUCUCUCCUGGAGGAGCCGGAGGUGUUGGUGAUCGGCGCCGGGCGUGGCCCAGCGGGCAGCAUCAUUCACAAGUUGUUUGUGAGCGCGCAGAGGUUGGCUGACUCCACUGAAGAGGCGGCCCUGCUGUCUCCGAUGGAGGAGGAGCCUGGGAGGAUGGGCGGAGCCGAGGACAGGAGGCCCGGUGCGAGUGGGGUUCCGGACUUUCCUCCCCCCGCCGGGCGGGAGAUCCUGCUUCGGACGUGCGUGCCGCGCCCCGCCCCCUACUCCAAAGCCCUGCCCCAGCGCCUCUUCUGCGUGCUCAUGAGGGAAGACUUCCGGCUGGCAGGGGCGUUCUCGUCGGACACAUCCUUUUUCUGAAGGCCAGCUACAAUUUAGGGAGCGGGGGAGGGGGAUGGGAUGCAUCCUGGAUAUCAAACAUACCGAGGAUAUCAGACACAGCAGGGAUAUCACGCUCUUCUUGAGGGCUGCGGUGUUAGCCCAGUUUCUUUCUCGCACAACUGUCCCGUAUCCUCAUCCAUCUAACUAUUUAAUGUAAUUAAUCACAAUUACAUUUGUGCACGUAUACAUUUAGACCCGUCUACACUUAACCAGAAUAUUUUGUGGGGAACUUAUCAAUUGAGUUUUUCUCACAUUGCAAGUUUUGGUGUGUACUUCUAAAUGUAUGCAUUUUCCAGUUGAAGUCAAUCAUUAUAUUAAUUAUUGAGAGCUUACAAAGGUAAAAAAUCAACUUUAGCUGUAGUUGUCUGACAAUUGAGUGAACAUCUCAGCCUCACAACAUUACCCAAUGGCCUGGUGUCUACAUUAUAUAAUUCAAUUACCAAACUCUUUAAAAAUGAGAAGAAAACUCACUGUGGUGUACUGUAUGUGAACUUGUAAUGCUGUAUAACAUGAGUAUCUGUAAAACAAGUACAGGAGAUCCUGUCACAUCCCUUAUAACAAAGAGGUUAUAUUUUAAGAUACUAAGAUACACAUCAGGUUAUUUUUGUGCCAC